CCGCACUGACACCAGGACAAAGGUGGAGCAGGAUACAGUGUGGCUGUUGGAGUUAAGAAGUUUUAUCUAAAAUCCGCAUAAAGCCCAUAUAGUUUCAGUAAUGGUUUUGACGCAAGAAUCCGUCCUGUCUCUGCUCCUAUCGGAGGGAGGCAGAAUGAAGAAGUCCGACUUGGUGGGUAAAUUUAAAGGUUCAAUAGACUGCGUCGAUCCCGCAGAGAAAGAGCGGAACAGGGAGCUUUUCAAGACCUUUGUCAACAACGUGGCUUUCGUCAAAGAAAUCGACGGUGUCCGGUAUGUUCUCAUUAAGAAAAUGUAUCAGCAUUUGCUGGACAAUGUCCAGACUGCAGCGGAGAGCCGUGUGGAAAAGACUGAGAAUGAAGAGAUCCCCCUGACAGGUGAGCAGCAGCGCCCAUCUGCGCGGACUGAAGAGAAGACUGAGAGCUCUGAGGGCGCAAGAGGGGAGAGGUCAUCUCUCUCUGAACUUGAUCCAGAACAGGCAAGUGAAAGUGGUGACAAUCCUACAGAAUUACUGUCUCCUCUACAGCUAGCACUGCAGAGGAGCAAAUAUACUAAUAUUAGGGUUAAAAGGAUGCUGAAUUUUGAGAUCCAGAAACAGGGUACAAAUGGAGAUAAUUGUUCGAGGAGGGGUGCAGUAAAUGAGCCCACCACCAUCCAGAGCAAACCUUACGCCUUGCCUCUGAGAAUGCCACCCAGCACCACCAGGGUGGAGAUCCACAAGCUGAAGGUGGACCGAGAUGAUCCUCCUGAAAGUCCAAAACUAGAUGCCUCCAGGGGAAAGCGAAAACCCUCCUCAGCUGAGACAGGCAGCGGCGUCAGCUCACCCCAGCUGAGGAGGGCAGUGAAGACAACCAAGGCGUCAGAGGAGCACAAAGACACAAGGAUUCCCUCUACGGUUCCCCUGGAGCAGUCAGAGCAUGAAUGGCUGGUCAAGUGUGCCGCCGGCCACUGGAGCCAGGUUUAUGGCCUGCUGCUGACAGACAACCAGCUGGCAGAGAAGAGGGACUUCAUGACAGGGUUCACUGCUCUGCACUGGGCAGCCAAGUGUGGGAACAGUGAAAUGCUUGUGAGGAUUAUUGAUCUGUCAAGGCAAGGAGGAGUUGAUGUUGACGUUAACGCAAAAACACAUGGCGGAUACACUCCUUUGCACAUUGCCGCCUUGCACGACCAGGAGUACAUCAUGGCUAUGCUGGUGGGAGAGUACCUGGCCGAUGUGAGCAUCAGGGACAACUGCGGGAAGAAGGCCUACCACUAUCUGCACAAAGGCAUCUCUGGGACUCUGAGAGAGAUGCUGGGUGAACCCAAAGCCCAGCAGGCUCAGGACAAGGCGCUGCAGGAGAAAGACGAGCUGGACCUGUUCCCGGAUCUCUCCAAGGGCCUGCAUUCAAUAAGUCGUCUCUUCCAGCCACACGUGACAGGCCAGAAGAAGAAGCACAAGCAGAGGCUAGGAUUUUACUCGCUGAGCGACGACCCCAGUGAGGAGAGAGAAGACAGCGGCGGCGGCCUCAGACAAAGAGUCAUAUCGGAUGCUUUUAUGUGAUGGAAAAACUCUUUUGUCCUCUUAUUUUCAUGAGGGAAUAGUGUGAAAACACAACAAGAACACAGCAAGAACAUUCAAAGAAUUUGACUGACAUUCCUCUGAUUUUUUUUUUUGGGGCCUUCUUCAACAAUGAAAACAACUGACAAUCAAUCAAUCAGCUAAUCAGUGUCUCUUUUCUUGUUUGUGUUUUAUUUAUAUUUUCUAUCAGAUAUAAGAGUCGGACAUUGAGUGUGUGGUGAGAGUGAUGAUCAAGCAGUGACUAUUGAAGUAAUUUUGUAAAAUGUAAAAGCAACAUCUGCAAAAACAGACAUCUCCCUCAAAUGGAAAUCAAAUCAUCGAUGACUUGAUGAAGAAUUGAUGAUGCCAGUAAUAGUAGUAGUAGUAGUAGAGUUUUAGUUUUAUCAUGUUACCUGAAUGAGUUGUAUCUUAAGAUUGUGUUUUGAGGUGUGAAUCAAACAUGACUCAGAAAAUAUUACAGUGGAUACAGAGUCAUCUUAUUAAUCAUCAUCUGUGGUGUCUGCCUCUUGAAGGCCUCGUCUUAUCAGUCUAUCGUUACACUUCAACUGAUGUAGGCCUAAUGUUUGUUUUAUAGUGAAUUUUCCAUUUCUUUUUCUAAAUUAAGUUACAAAAACAGCUGCACCAAGCACUGAAACCAGUAGGUAGCAGCACAGGUGAGGCUAUUUAUUUCUUACAUCACUGAGCUUUCAUCCAUUGCCUGUUUUAAAUGUCUUCAAAAUGUCCUUUCUAUGUCUAUUUUUGAUUUAAAAAAAAUAAAAAAUAAAAAAUUCUAACAAGAAUUUCAUCUGCAACAAAGACAUUUUGAACAGACAAAUCAAGAUUUUACUUGUUCUCUUCUGUUUUCAUCUGAGUAAGAACUGAACCGAGAGUGGUGAAAUGGUCAUGCUUUCAAUUUCCACACGCAAA